AUGAACCGCAGUCAGACUCAGCCCCCCCUCAGUGGUUACAUGUUGAAGAGGGCUCGCGCAAGGAAAGAAAGGUUGUUGAAGGAGGUGGGCUUCACAGGAGGCCCUCCGAGCAAAUUAACGCUCAAAGACCAAGAAGGGCGCAGAAAAUUUGUCACCCCGACCGGACACGUCUAUUCGCUGUCCAUCGACGUUGCGGAAGCGGAAAAGCUCAAGAAGAAGGUAUCGGAAGCCGUCCAGGCUUACAAUGCGGGGGAAACCGACCCGCCCGUUCAGUCGCUGCCGGUGUACGCCCUCGGGCAGGACGCGAGAGAGCAGGUCCUGCGAUAUCAGGAUGACGCGAACGAGCAGGCGAAGAGGCGGUGCUCAGAACGGACGUGCGGCGGAGCUGGCACUCUGGUCCGGUCAAAUCUGUGUGUCAAGACCGAAAUCAGUGUGGCGUACUCGACUUUCGUCCCCUCAUGCGAGCCCCAGAACGUCUCGAACAGCUUGUCGUCCGUUCUAUUCACGACAACCAUGAUGAAUGAGGGAUUCAUGAACCUCUUAAUUCUCUUUUUAAUCGUUCUCACUCAGGCCAGCAUCCUCCACGCACGACCAGGACCGCCAGAGGAUGACAAGGAAAGACCGUCACACCAUCAUCAAGAGCUUGAAGGUAUGACGUUUUGUUCACAUGGCUGCAAGAAGUGGACCUCGGGGGCCCCCACGGCAACCAAGGCGCCGAUCGCCUUUCCGCAUCGUCCACAUCACCUGGCCAUAGCUCUCACCUCGCUCAGGCCAGCGUCCUGCAGGCACGACCAGGGCCGCCAGUCGAUGACAAUGAAGGGCCACCUCGCCAUUUUCAUGAGCUUAGAGAGCAACCAAGGUGUCGGUCGCCUUUCCGUCCCGUCCACAUCAUCAGGCCAUAGCUCUCACCAUAAGAGCGCUGUUGUGCAUGAGGAAGAACAUGGCCAGCCAUUGCCACCCUCCACUAUACGGGAGCAUGCAAAUUUUGAGGGCAAGCUUCCGCAAGAAAGGGACUCGGCCGCCACGCAAAAUAAGGCCCGUAUACUAGGACACCUUGUCCACGAGGUCCACAGGUAUUACCAUUACUUCAUCUUCCCAUCGGGUUCAUGGAGAGCGCUACCGGCAACACUGGCCGAGCGUUACAGGGAUCAGGUCGACAUCCUCAUCAGCCAGCUUCGUGGUGUCUCCGAAAAGGAAGAUCUGAAUGAGAUCAGGACUUUCACUGCGUCUCUGCGAAGUAAACACCCUCUCGAGGUUCAAAGAGCGUGGGAGUUGCAGCAGCACGAAAAGGAGCAAGCUAAGAAAGAAAAGGAGCAAGCUAGGAAAGAAAAGGAGCAAGCUAAGAAAGAAAAGAAGCAAACCUUUCGCUCUCGAUCUUUCAAAAAUCAGAAAAAGGCUAGACGGCAAGAGGUGGAGCAGAACAGGUCAACGCUUGCGAAUCCUCUACCGGGACGUAGCGAGAAAGAUCCAGAAGGCGCUUCUGAGCUUCACAUCGAGAAGCACGCUCAAACCCAACCUGACAGCGGACCGCAUGCGGUCACCGACACAAAGGAGGCCCACCCGACAGAACAAGAAGACAAGCUUAUGGAUACCGAUGCCAGCAUGCUCAAACCUUUUUUGCGCGAGAAACGGUAUAAUCUAUAUCAACUUUAUAGACCGGGGGAAUGGAUGCACCGACCUGGCCCACCGCCGAUAGAGCUCGUAGAGAAGGCCGAGUUUUUGGGCGGUCUUGCCCACGAGAAUUCUGGCGAUCGCCAUUACUUUUUUGACAAAGAAGGUCACUACAGAACGUGCCUUGAAUCCUACUUCAAGGAGAACGAGGCCAGUCUCUUGGCUUGUCUCAAAAAGAUCCGCUCUCUCGCACUCACAGGACAGGAAAAACUCGAAAAGAUCAAAUGGUCCCUAGGCACGGCAGAAACGAUUCAAGAAAGAAGGAUUGGUAAAAGAAUGGGAAGAAACUUGAAGAAGCUGGGCUUCAUGGAAGGCCCACCGAGCAGACUAACGCUCAAGGACCAAAAAGGGCGUAAACAUUUCGUCACCCCGACCGGACAUGAUUAUUCGCUGCCCAUCGACGUUGCGGAAGCGGACACUUUCAAGGAGAAGGUGUCAGAAGCCGUCCAAGCUUACCAUGGCGGGGAAACCGACUCUCAGUUGGAACGCCGGUUGAGAACCAUUUCUCAGAAUUACAGAGAACGCGUUCUGGGCAAGACCAAGAAGCGAAAGAGGCGGGAAGGCAAUGCUGAGCACCCUGCGUCUCAUCCCACAGGUCUUUCACAGUCUAUUGCGCAGCCUCAAAGCUCUCCCAUCCAGUCAUAG